CUCAAAUCGAAGAAUCACAAUAGCAGGAAGAUCAGCUGAGCAAAACCAGAGAAUUCCAUUACAGUGAUGCUGAAUUCAAGUAAGGCAUCAAGAACUCUCAUAAACGCUCUCAGUUUCAUCACAGAAACAGCGCCUUUAUGUGUCAUGUGCUUCUCCGAGCUCCAUGAUCAUCAUCAUCCUCCAUCCAAACAAUUGUUCCAUUCGAAUUCCCUAGCCAAGAGAAAUUCAGAGUUUUCAAUUCCCAAGGAAGAUCACUCAUCGAACAAAGACGUAGUCAGGGCGAAUUGGAAGGUCACGAAGCUAUGCCAAGAGGGUAGGAUUUCAGAGGCACAUAAGCUGUUCGACGAAAUGCCUGAACGAGAUGUGAUCACUUGGACAGCUUUGAUUUCGGGUUAUAUUAAUUUGGAUAUGCUUAAAGAGGGUAGAAAUUUGUUCGAUCGUAGCGAUGCUUUGAAAAAUGUGGUUACUUGGACAGUUUUGAUAUCCGGCUACUUGAAAUCGAAUCGAAUAUUCGAGGCGGAGAAGCUGUUCGACGAAAUGCCGGUGAAGAAUGUGGUGGCUUGGAACACGAUGAUCGAAGGGUAUGCAAAGAUAGGAAGGAUCGAGGAGGCAUUGGCGUUGUUCGAUGCGAUGGAAGAUAGAAACGUCGUUUCUUGGAAUAUAGCGAUGACGGGGUUGAUCGAUAGCGGAAGAAUCGAGGAUGCGAGGUGGUUUUUCGAUCGGAUGCCAACGAGGGACGUGGUUUCGUGGAAUAUAAUGUUGUCGGGGUUGGCACGGAACGGGAGGAUCGACGAAGCUAGAUUUGUGUUCGAAAGAAUGCCGGAUCGUAAUGUGGUGGCGUGGAAUGCGAUGGUGACAGGAUACGCGCGAAACGCGAGGUUGCGUGAAGCGUACAGUUUGUUCGAGGCGAUCCCGGAUAAGAACGUGAUGUCAUGGAACGCGAUGAUUACAGGUUUUAUUCAAAACGGCGAGAUCGAAGAGGCGAGGAGAUUGUUCCGUGAUAUGCCGAGGAAGAACAUCGUUUCUUGGACGACGAUGAUAACUGGGUGUCUCCGACACGGCGCGACGGAGGAAGCGUUGAACGUUUUUGUUUCUAUGGGAAGGGACGGGAGGGUGAGACCAAACGACGCGACUUUCGUGAGCGUUUUGGGCGCAUGUAGCGAAUUAGCGUUUCUUCGCGGGGGCGCGCAAAUACACCAAAUGAUAAUUAAGUCGAAUUAUCGCGAAAACGAGCGUGUGACCUCCGCGUUGAUGAACAUGUACUCGAAAUGCGGAGAAUUAGCCACGGUGAAGAAAAUGUUUGACGACAACGGAUUAAGGCGCAAUACGGAUUUGGUCGUGUGGAACACGAUGAUCGCCGCGUACGCUCACCACGGGCGCGGGGAAGACGCGAUUUCUAUUUUCGGAAAAAUGCGACGUAUGGGCUUUAAUCCGGACGCCGUAUCCUAUAAAGAAUUGUUGUCGGCGUGUAGCCACGCCGGGUUGGUCGAAGAAGGGCUAAAUUACUUUAACGCCCUUAUAAACGACGAAUCCGUCGAAUUAAAAGAUGAUCAUUACACUUGCGUCGUGGAUCUCUAUAGUCGAGCGGGUAGGUUAAAAGAGGCGUUCGAUCUUCUCGAACGGAGCGAGUUGGAUGCCUCGGCGCACGCGUGGGGUGCGUUGCUAUCGGGAUGUAACGUUCACAGCGACGCCGAGGUCAGGAAAUUGGCGGUGAAAAAGCUUAUGAAGGUAAAAAUGGAGAGUUCUGGCGCGUUUGCGAAUUUGUCGAAUAUGUAUGCGAGAGACGGGAAGUGGGGGGAGGCGGAGGGCGUGAGGUCGAGAAUGUAUGAUCGAGGACUUAAGAAACAACCCGGGUGUAGUUGGAUCGACGUCGGGAAUAAGUUUCACGUGUUCUUCGUUGGAGACGGAUUGAAUAGUGAAAUCGACAAUGUACGAUCGUUGCUUUUGGAUCUUCAUGAGGAGAUGAAGAUCGGGUUCUUGUUGUUCUUCGAUGUUUCAGAGGAAGUGAGAUUUGAAUGUAUAUAAAUAUGCAACAAAAAUUUGAUCGUUGAUUUUUCAUCGACUAAGA